UAUGAAUGGUUUUCAGGACCUAACCCUAACCGCACCAUUUCAACUUCAGUUGAGGUCAGAUAACAUAUAAUUGACAUUCAAAAGGGAGCAUUCAGAGUUAGACACACCCGGUAUAUAAACAUCUAAUCAAAUGUUUCAAAUAUUUUUCAGAUGGUUGAGAAAACAAAGACGUCAAAAUACUACGACAAAAUCAAAUACAUCAUUGGAAGGAAGACCGAAAAGAAAGGAAAAACCGCUGGGUCAAUAUGCUCCAGCCGUUCAUCAUCCAGCUGUGCUCCCAGCUACGAAACUCCAGAUAUCCUGGACAUAUCUACAGACGACAGCGGCAUCAUUCUCAGCAAAGACACAGCUCCUUCUCUUCCCCCAAAAUCGAUAAUAAUAACUGAAGCCAUAGUCGAACCUCAGCAACCAGGGUUGUGGAACAGCACCCCAAACUGCGAGUCUAGAAGGCCAUUCAAACAUUGCAAUCUAACCAAAGUCAGUCAUAACCUCAAUGACUUGGAUAAGCCAGUUCUACCAGCCAAACGGUUGCAGGGUAGUAUGAAACGGCAGAAAGGAUAUGAGACUGAGGAGAUCAUCACUUCUGUUAUGUACGACACAGAAGCCACUGAAGAACAAUCGGUACAAAAUAACAAGCAGUCAAUCGACACAGACAAUGACAACUUCAUCAGGUCUGUCAGUACCCCAAAGUGCAAGAACAGGAAGCCUUUCAAACAUUGCAAUCCAACCAAAGUUAGACAAAGCAUCAAUGAGUCGGUUGAGGGUUGUAAGCCAGUUGAAGCUUCCAAACAUUUGGAGGGUGAGACCAAACUCCAGAAAGAAUACGAGACUCAGGAGAUCAUAACUUCGGUUAUGUAUGACACAGAAACAACUGAGGGUCUGUCAAAAUACGACCAGAUCACUGAAGAUCUCUCCGUACAAUAUAGAAAUCAGUCAAAUACCACAGACAGUGACAACUUUGUUAGGUCUGUUGAUGAAAAAUUCGUGGUAAACUUGUUCGAGAGUAGACAGUCAAACAGGUGGAAAAGAAAAAGCGUUUGCGUGGAUAACUUCGAUAAAAGCGUUAACAUUAUUGACAAUGGAAUGAAUGUAGGAGGUCCGGAAGUGAUUGAUGGCUGCAAAAACAACGUAAAUUCUGAUUCAGAAUCCGACGCGAUGUUUUACAAAUUGAAGAAAAUGAGAGAUGCGGAGUGCGUGAAAAUGAAAGAAGCUUCCAAUGCUCUCAGAGCCAUCAAAAAGAAGAACGACAGGGAAUGGUCUGAAGAAUUGUUGACUGAAAAGAUUCUUCUAGAGACAGAUCUGAAAUAUAAAAUAAUAGUGAACAAAAUCCGUGACCUGAAAUACAGUGACUGGCGCAUAACCGAACCCAAACACUCAGCUACAAUCACCCUGUCCAAUUUCCAAUACGAACUAGCCCAGAAACCUCUGAAGGACAGCAAGUAUUCGGAAUUCUUCGUCCUGGCGCUGUCACAUGACACCGACGUGUUCACUACCAAGGUCACCGCGGCGGCUGAUGAUAAGCUCGUUUUUAACGAAACGUUCACACUGAGGAAUCUGGACGAGGAUUUCAGCAUCAGGGCUGAGGUUUUCUCGAUAAAGCUGAGGACUUCCAAGCCCAGAAUGAUAACGGCUCUGCUGAAAAAGAAAUCCCAGAAUCUCUGCCCGAUAUUCCGCAUCUACUACGAAAACAUCAACACCCUAGAAGUACAAGAAUCCGCAGUCCUCAAAUCCUCCUUCACCUCUUGCGGGGCCUUCGUCAUCACCAAAAACCAAAUCACCCAGAACAAAAACACCGGCCACAUUGCUCACCAGCCGAGUGACUCGCGCUUGCAAAACAACGUGACCUUCACCACGACCGUGGACCUCAAUCUGGCUGCCAAGCUCUCCGGAUUUCUCACCUUGGGAAAAGCCGACGAGCAGAACAACAUCGUGUUCUGGGAGAGGAAGUGGUGUUCUCUGAACAGCACCCUCUUCAGCAUCUACAACUACCCCCAGGACGAGGAGUUUUCCAAACCUCCGGAAUCCUCCAUCAACUUGGAGUACUGUUUCGAGCCAUUGAUUAGGCCUGAUAACUUCCCGAAGAGAAACUCCUUCAUCUUGAAAACCGGCAGGCCGAGUACGAUCAAUGAUAGCAACAAUGUUAUUUUGAGGAGAAGGAACAACUUCGUUCUUGAGAAGUAUUAUCUCUAUGCGGAUAGUAAGGAGGAGUUCAAGAGGUGGACAGUGGAGUUGGACUCAGUUUUGGCGUGUCUGAAAGAAUGGGAUAGACUGAUUUUUGUCGACGAAUAUUAUUGAAGGAACAGUGUUCGUGUAAUUUAUAAGCAGUGUGUUAUUAUGUUUGUAUAUUUUAUAUUUAUUUAUUGUACAUUUUUUAUUUGAAUAAACAGAAUAUUAGAAUUCU